AUGGUGGUAGAGGAAUCAGGAACCACUUUCCAGCAGAAUUUGCUGGGCCGGCGCGGCGUCAACACGGUUGAUCCGAGGAACAUUGAGGCCAUCCUGUCCACCAAUUUCAACGAUUAUAGCUUGGGCUUGCGUGCCCCGACUUUUCAACCCGUGCUUGGCAGCGGCAUAUUCACACAAGAUGGCGCCGCUUGGAGACGUUCUCGUCAGCUGCUGCGGCCACAGUUUGCCUCAAACCGAGUGCACAAUUUCGACCAGGUGAAAAAAUGUGUCCAGCAUCUUAUCGAGUCGAUACCCGACGACGGAAUGGUCGACCUCCAGCCUCUGUUUUUCAAGCUAACAUUCGACACAACAAUGUUUUUGCUCUUUGGCAAUUCUGUCAACAGCUCCGACUGGGGUGAGGUGGCUGGUCAGGAGUCCGAAUUCGCGCAUGCGUUCAAUUCAUCUCAAGAAUACCUGUCUCACCGCGGACGCCUCGGCCCAUUCUACUGGCUGCUUAACAGCAAGGCUUUUCGGGAUGCGUGCAAGUCGUGCCAUGAUUUUAUGGAUAGUCGCAUCGCCAAAGCGUUGGAGGCUUUUGCGCAGACCGACAACCACGGAGGAAGAAAGAAGCGCCGCGAUGCCGAUAGUUAUGUUUUUGUUGAAGCUCUCAUACAGCAAACAAGAGAUGCACAGGUUCUCCGGGACCAGUGCUUGAAUGUGUUGCUUGCCGGACGCGACACAACGGCGUGCUGCCUUCAUUGGACAUUUCGUCUUCUUGCUCAUCACGAGCACGUCCUCGAUAAACUGCGCAGAGAAAUCGACCAGAUAUCAGGCUUAGGACCAAGCGCACCUCCGCCCACAAGGGAAGACCUGAGACGCAUGUCAUAUCUCCAACUGCCUAUUGGGGAAAUAGUCUUGCGUCUUUAUCCGUCCGUGCCCGUCAACUCGAGAGAGGCCAUACGGCUUACAACGUUGCCUGUAGGUGGCGGGCCCGACGGCAAAUCCCCAGUCCUCGUCAGGCCAGGCGAGGGAGUUGGCUACUGCGUAUAUGCCAUGCACCGCCGCAAGGACAUCUACGGCCAUGACGCCGACGAGUUCCGCCCAGAGCGCUGGGAAGGUGAAUGUUUAAGGGAUAUUGGAUGGGCAUAUCUUCCAUUCAACGGGGGGCCGAGGUUGUGCUUGGGUCAAGAGUUUGCUUUACUUGAAGUCGCCUACACGGUGGCGCGACUUGUGCAGGUCUUCCCCAAAAUCAAGCUGCCUCCUGGGGAGCCGGCGGUAAAAGUUGGUCAAGAAAAACAAAUUCUCACCUUGGUCGUCGCUAGUGCCGAGGGAUGCCGAGUAUCGUUAAAGAAUUGA